AAAACCCCUUAAAAAAAAACAGAACACAAAAAGUUAUUACAAAGAAGAAGAAACAAAGAUCAAUCAAUCACCUAUAUUGUUGAUCAAAAUGGAAGCUCAAAAUAUCUUUCUCUAUCUUUUGAUCGUCUUUCUAUCUCUACACUUCGUGUUUACAACUCUGAAAGGACGGCUGAGUCCCGCGAAUACACGGCGGCUUAUCCGCCUUCUCCAUAUCCCGAUCAAAUCUCCGGUCGCCGCUGCUAUUUUCGCUAGAAAAGACACCCGUGAGUUUCUUGAUUCAUCAAUCAAAUUAGUAAACGAAGAAGACGAUUUCGGUUUCAGUUUCGAUUUCAAACCGUACAUGAUCAGCAAAGCAGAGACAAUAAACAGAGCAUUAGAUGAAGCAAUUCCACUUAUUGAGCCACUCAACAUCCACAAGGCAAUGCGUUACGCGAUUCUCGCAGGCGGAAAACGUGUCAGGCCAAUACUCUGCCUAGCCGCUUGCGAGCUAGUCGGCGGGGAAGAGCGUUUAGCGAUUCAAGCGGCUUGUGCAGUUGAAAUGAUUCACACAAUGUCACUCAUCAAAGACGAUCUUCCUUGUAUGGACAACGACGAUCUCCGACGAGGGAAACCAACAACACAUAAAGUCUUCGGAGAAAGCGUAGCCAUACUCUCCGGCGGCGCACUUUUAGCUCUAGCUUUCGAGCAUUUGACGGAAGCUGACGUGUCAUCCAAGAAAAUGGUUCGAGCCGUUAAAGAAUUGGCUAAGUCUAUUGGAACGAAAGGACUCGUAGCGGGACAGGCGAAGGAUUUAAGCAGUGAAGGGUUGGAACAAAACGAUGUCGGAUUAGAGGAUCUUGAAUAUAUUCACGUUCAUAAAACCGGUUCGUUGCUUGAAGCAUCUGCGGUUAUCGGAGCGGUUAUAGGCGGUGGAACAGAGAAAGAGAUAGAGAAAGUGAGAAACUUUGCGAGGUGUAUCGGAUUGUUGUUUCAGGUGGUUGAUGAUAUCUUGGAUGAGACCAAGUCGUCGGAGGAAUUGGGAAAAACCGCCGGAAAAGAUAAGGUCGCCGGAAAGCUGACGUAUCCAAAAGUGAUUGGUGUUGAGAAAUCUAAGGAGUUUGUGGAGAAGUUGAAGAGAGAUGCGAGAGAACAUCUUCAAGGGUUUGAUUCUGACAAAGUCAAACCUUUGAUAGCUCUUACUAACUUCAUUGCCAACAGAAACCACUGAAAAUUGUUGUUUGCUAAACAAGUUACGUUAAGAUGUGAUAAUGUUGUCAAAAUAUAUAGUAACAGUGGAAUAUGAAUGUGACCAGCACAAACUAUAGAAGUUUCUUUAUUGAGAGCUUGUAGUUUCCAUUGUGCUUAGUAGCCAAAAUGAUUUCGUGUUUGAUAUGUCCUUUAUUUUUGUUGAAGGAUACCAACUUUGUAAUGAAACUAUACGGAGUUUCUAAUUUCAUCUUUCAC